GGAGGGGCCCUUCAGAUGUGUGCAUCUACAACUAGGGCUCGACUGGAAACGUAUUCCCACCGAAAGCUGACUUCCGGCGGAAGGGAAAGUGGGUUCCGCUCGCUGGCCGAAUGGGCUCCGGCUGGCUCCCUCGUGAAACUUGCUUAUCUGAGAAGGCAUACUUCGAAGGACGGGGAUGGCUUUUGAGCAGACACUCCAAAAGGAUUGGUACAGCAUUCUGGGGGCAGACCCGACUGCAAAUGUGUCAGACCUAAAACAAAAAUAUCAGAAACUCAUAUUACUGUAUCAUCCAGAUAAACAAAGUACAGAUGUACCAGCAGGAACCAUGGAUGAACGUAUACAGAAGUUCAUUGAAAUUGAUCAGGCAUGGAAAAUUCUAGGGAAUGAAGAAACCAAAAAAAUGUAUGACCUGCAGCGGCAUGAAGCUGAGCUAAGACGUAUGGGGCCAGUAGAUGCACAGGUGUACCUUGAAGAUAUGUCCUGGAACAAAGAUGAUGAGUCUUUCUCUCUGACCUGCCGAUGUGGUGGAAAAUACACUGUCUCUAAGGAUGAAGUAGAAGAAGUGAACCUGAUUUGUUGUGAUACGUGCUCACUGAUUGUAGAACUCCUUCAUCAGCAAUGAACUGUGCAUUCCCGAGAUCCUUUAACAUGGAUCCAGCGUGUCCAGAGACCACUCAGUUUCAAGGAGACAGAUGCUUUCUUACUAGCUGUAUAAUUUACUAAGAUAAUAUAAGAUCUUCAAGCAAAGACUACUUCAGAUUAACAAAUUAAUUCAGUUGUUUAUAUGUAUAAUUACAGGAUAUCACGAAAAGGACUUGGAUUACACUUCUGGAUUUCUACCUGACAGCUUUUGUUUUCUCCUUGGUACAAAAUACUUCUUGUUUUUAUAUAGUUUGUAGUUUUUAUUUUUUAUAGUUUAUUCUUUAUAGUUACUAAGGGUUUUGUUUUUUGUUUUAAUCAUGUGUGUGUGUGUGUGUGUGUGUGUGUGUGUGUGUGUGUGUGUGUGUGUAGGGCAAUAAGUGAGUCUUCUGUGAAGAGUUGAUUUUUCUCUUCUUCCCCUAUGUGGGUCCCAGGGGUCAAAUUUGGGUCCUCAGGCUGUGGUAAGUGCCUUUACCUGCUGAAACAUCUUGCUGUCCCCAUUUAUGAAGUUGUUGAUGUAAAAGAUGAUGUUUUUAGUUACUGAAGUUAUAUGCCUACUGUAUACCUAUUUCAAAUUUGCAGGCAUUUAAAUAAGAUUAGGAUUUCGUGAACAAAGUGUGAGCCCAGCUCUACCCUAAACAAGGCUGGAUAUGGAUCACUACAAAUGUAUUUCAAAGCUAGUAAAGAGGACCAAAUGUAGAAAACGUGACUCCAGUCCUGGCCCUGGAUGUCUAAAGCUUGUUGGCUGCUUAUCAUAACUUCAGAUGUAAUUUAAUAAGAGAAAACUUUUAAGAAAUUGAAAUUCAGAUUUUAUUUUUUAUUUAAUUGCCUCCAUUUAAGACCAAGGAGCCAUUUAUUUCAUUACUGGUGUGGUGAAGGUGCUUUUCUAACGAAUGAUUACUGACGACAAUGGGCUGGAGGUGCCAUACCCUACAUGAGCUCUUCGUAUGUAACACUGUGUUUACGAUGUAGACCAGAGUUCACUUUCCCAACCCUGAGGGCCUUAUGGAGCACCUCUGAUUUCCGUAGUCUAACUCUCGGUGUUGUCAGAAGAGCACAGACUCGGAGUGUCGGUGUCCGACUUGUGUAAAGGCAGCCGACACACGAGGCACACUGGAGAGCAGAUUGCUUUCACUGGACAGGCACCACCAAAGUUCAAAUGUCAGGUAGUCAUCGAGAUUCUCCCCCAAGAUAUGUUUAUGUCAUAACAUUUAGAAAGAAAACUUGUUUGGGAUUUUUAUCCAAAUACUUUCAAUUAAUGUAUUUUGCAGAAUGUGAUGUUUACUUUUACAUUUAAUUAAAAACAUAAAUAAAACUGAGUAGCAAAUAGUUUAUUGGUAAAGUCAUGGUUUCAACUGCAGUAAUAAAUUCAUUGAAUAGGAGACAAUAAUCAAGUCAAAAAAUAAAUGUUUGCUAAUCAUCAGAAAACCUGUGGCCAUUUGGGCUGUCCCGCAGAAAUCCAAAAUCACUGAAAGGCCAAAUCUGUAAAGUGAAAAUACAGUUGAAGACAGUUAACGAGAAUUCCUUAUCCUCAUGACCUUCUCUUUUCCGUCAGAUCAUUGUCUGUUAGAUAAUGCAGUGCACUCUCUUCAUCAGUUCUUCUGAAAUAAGCUUAUGUGUUCAGCCUGGGGCGUUCAAACAGAAUACCAGAAACCAUGUAGGUUUAGGACAUCCAUAUAUAUUUGUGAAGACCUGUCUUCUUUUACCAUCCUAAAAUAAGUCACACUACUAGUCUAUGGUACUUGAUACUUGGUUGCUGUUUCAAUAUAAAGAAUCCUGAACAUUACACAGUUGCCCUAAGCACUCAUGAGUUUUUCUUCUUAUGCCUUUUGAUGAAGGGGAGCAGGUGUGGUGAUGCACACCUGUAAUCCACACCCAUGACACUGACACUUAGGAGACAGAGACAGGAGGGUGGAGAGUUUAAGGCCAGCCCGGACUACAGAGUGAGACUGUCUCAGAACAAAAUUAUAUCAACCAGUAAUGGAAGAACCAAUGAAGAUGACAAUGUCAUCCAAGGCUUGUACAUUCCCUACAGCCAUAUGCCUGCCUAUGGCUUGCUGGAUUUGACUAGGUCUGCCUGCAUUCCAAGUAGACUGAGCCUGGGCUGCUGUUGUAGAAAUGCUUGCUGAAAUGCCAGGGUAUGACUAUGGCUAUAAAAGUCACACAUGACAGGUUGAUUUCUGUAAACUCAAAGGCUCCCUAGGCGACCAUUAGUUGAGUUUGAAUUACACAAAUUUCUGUUCUUCCCCAUAGGAGAAGAAAAGGGAGAGGAUAAUAUUUUGUCUAUAGCUCUUAAGUAAAGGUAAAAUGUUCAUCAAAUGUAGUCACUGCAACAGUUAAGUCAACUUGAGAGAUGCACCCCCCAACGAGAGUAACGCUGGCAUUUUAGGCACUGAAGCAUACCUUAAAGAAGAUCCGCCCUCGUAUUAGUCCAUAUGGAAUAGGUCCGUAGUACCUGGAGUCUGUAGAAUUCUCUAAGUUGUCACCUUCUAACCAAACAUGACCUGUUGGCACCUGGGAUUAGUAAAGACAAGCAAGUCCUUUAAAAAAAAGAAAACCUCAACAGAGGACUGUCACUAAAAAUACGUCCUUAAAGGCCCAGCACUGUGGUAUACACCUAGAAUCCCCACACUCAGGAGACUGAGCAGGGGAUUAUGAACACAAAGCUAGCCUGGGCUACACAACCAGUAUGUGAAAGAAAGACUUCAUUUUGAAGUAGAGCAUAUGCCCUAAAAUCUUCCUUUAUACGUGUCACAAGAAUUGCUAUUUUUGUUUUCAUAUCUUACUAACUAAAUAUCAAAGGUUUCCACACUUUUUAAAGAUCCCUUUAUUAUAUAGUUCCCAAACAUUAAUUUGUAGAAACCCCAAACUAAGGCUGUAAGAAAUCCAAACAGUGUGGCAGUGUCAUUAAUUUAAUAGACUUCAAAAGAGGUCAUUAGGCUGCUGACUGAAAAUGUGCCCUCCUGUUGUAAUAACAGCAUAAGCAGGGCAGCCAGUCAGCAACAUCCUGGGGCCAGUUCCAAGGCCAGACCUAUUAGAACGCUCAUGAUGAACUAAGUGGUAAUGGAUUGUGACAUCAAUUACGGAUAAUCUCAUCAUUUUACUGCAGUGGGCUUGUCAGAGUUCUAAUUAAGACCCCUGUCCUGCCUUUGUACAGGCCAUAUCGUCACUGCCUUAUAUGUUGAUAAUGACCAUCAAGAACCAGGAGGACCUAUUAUAAAACCACAGUUGCAAAUUAAUGACAGUGACCUUCUACUAGAUGAAAAGACAACUCCUGUGUAUUAACUGGUAAAAAGUUUAAAGUGUUUACUCAAUUACAAUCCUUUUAAGAAGGUGGUACUUUUCAAAAAUGCAUUCCUCCUAUAUGAGACAUUUCCCCACUAACAUUCAUUUAAUAUAAACAGAAGGUGCUUCGUGGCAGUAGUCUGUACACCACCCUUUAAUGUUUUUAUUUUACAGUUUUUGUUAUGCAAGAAAAGUUGAUUCACUGACCAGACAAAACAAUCUAUUGGGAAGAUUGCAUUAUUUUUGGUACAGCUUAAUAGGAUACACUAUAGUUCGAUUGUUUUGUAUCACAAUUUUCUUUUUGUAUAUUCUUUGUUUGGUUUUGGUUUUGGUUUUUUGAGACAGGGUUUCUCUGUGUAGCUUUGCGCCUUUUCCAGGAACUCACUUGGUAGCCCAGGCUGGCCUCGAACUCACAGAGAUCCGCCUGGCUCUGCUGGGAUUAAAGGUGUGCGCCACCACCACCCGGCCUUUUUGUAUAGUCUUAAAAGCAUUUAAAUUUUAAGUUUAUUUUCGUAAGAUUAUAUUUCUGGGAUAUGUGAAAUGAUUAGAGGAACUAGUUUCAGCUCCUAGAGCCGACAACACGUCCAGUGCCUACCUAUACCAUGAACUGGCUGCUAGGCAGGGACAGGUAAGAUGGUCGGUAGAAAAGCAAGUGUAUCUGAAGUCACGGGCAACAGGAACACUGCAGCGGGCAAAGCCCAGUCUACCUACCACAUUCUCAAGUUUUACUUUCGGAGAAGAUGCAAGAGAAAGAGCUCUUGUAAUUAUAUUUCUAGUUUCUCAAAAUAUGUUCCCGAACCCUAAAAAACAGGUGCUAUAUAUGACUGAAUAAGGGACACCAGUAAGAACAAAAGGAAGAUGCUUUAGAAAUAGGUUAAUAUACUAACAAUCUCGGGAGAUCUCUACCCAGCUAAGGACCCAUGGCAUUUACAUUCCACCUUCUAUGUGGCUUCCCCUGUUUGCGUGCCUAUGCCAAAUGCUCUGAGUUUUUAGGACAUGUGUUAUAUAAUACCAAUCUUGCUUGGAGUGCUGGAUUAAAACAAUAUCCUUCUUUCCUGUCUUUUUUUAUUUGUUGAGACAUUGUAGCCUGGCCUCAAACUACAGCCAAGAGGAUAGCCUUGAAGUUGAUUUUCCUAUUUCCACCUUAAGUUCUAGGAUUAUAGGCAUAUGUCACCAUACCUGAUUUUCUGUGGUGCUGGGGACUGAACCCAGGGACUACUGCAUUCUAGUAAAUCAUUCUACCAACUGUGCUACCUCCCAAGACUGCUUUUAUCUAUCUCUUUUCACUGUUUUAUGAUAAGCAGAUAUUAAUACUAGAAUUGUAUUUUUUUGUUAUUUUAUAUUAUCAGUGUCAUUAAAUUUUUGCCAACCCAGUGGUAAGAAAUAGUA